GCUAAAAUGGAGGUUCUCUCCGAAGAAGACAGUAAACUUCUUGGCGAAGAAACGAAAGCGGAUUACGAGAAAAGCAAGAGAUAUCGUCGGUUAAUAAUUGGAGGAAUAUGUCUUGUAUUUGUGGACAUUCUUUGGGCGGCCUCUGCUGAACUUUCAGAUUUCAUUUUCCACAAUGAAGGAUUUGACAAACCCUACUUCACGACCUAUUUCAAAACGGCAGCAUUUGUCUUGUAUCUUCCGUGUGUUAUGAUCAGAUCUCAAUACGUGAAACAUCGCAGGAAGCAUAGAACUGUUGAAGAAUCAACGAUUCAAACGCCAAUAUUGACAGCGUCUAUCGACCUGAUGCACAAAAGCAAUGAAAACAUUUAUAACGAGUGUCCUUUGCCAGAAGGCCCAGAAAGUUCCAGGUACGUCAAGGAAGAAAAGCUGCCAGUUUUUCGUAUCAUGAAGAUUGCUUUGAUAUUUUGCAUACUGUGGUUCCUUGCAACUCUUUCUUAUCAAGAAGCAUUGGAUCUUACAUCACCAGCUGCAGUGAAUAUUUUAUCAUCAUCCUCAGGUUUAUUUACAUUGAUUCUAUCCGCACUUUUCCAAAGUUCUACAAAUGACAAGUUUUCAUUCUCGAAACUUCUCGCUGUUUUUAUCAGCAUCGCGGGAAUAGUACUUGUGGUGCUUUCUGAUUCGCGUCAAACGAAGGGCGAAGUCAACUAUGGUGCUCUCUUUUCUCUGGCCGGUGCAAUAUUAUACGCGUGUUAUCUCGUUCUUCUCAAGCUUAAAGUACCCAACGAGGAACAGAUGGACAUUGCUAUGUUCUUUGGUUUCGUUGGACUUUUCAACAUUCUGUUGCUGUGGCCUGGCUUUUCGAUACUUGAUGUAACAAAUAUCGAAGUAUUCGAGAUGCCAUCUACGUGGGAAGUGUGGUGCUCUAUUGGGUUGAACGCUGUAUUCGGGACCGUGGUCUCAGAGUAUUUGUGGCUAUGGGGGUGUUAUUUGACGUCAUCAUUGUCCGCAACCUUGGCUUUGGGCAUGGUAAUGCCGCUGACAAUGCUAAUGGACAUCUUAAGAGGACGAAUCCAUCUUUCUUUCAUGUUUGUGGCCGGGUCCAUUCCGAUAUUUUUGUCGUUUUUCGCAAUAAAUUAUUUGUGUCAUUAUGAAAACUGGGAUCCAGUGAGAACAGCCGUGUUUUGGAUUUAUAAUCGCCUUCGAAGGCACAUACUUCAGUUUAAUCACUACUGAGGUUUCGUGAUGCUGCAUCCUGCGUUUUAGUCGUUAGACAAAGUAAAUUAUUGCAACUAAAUUUUAAAUUCGAAAAUCGUCACGAUUACAUUACACCGUUUGCACAUUGGACAUUCAUUCACUACCUGCACAGUCGCGAUUGUUAUGUAGUAUAAAUAAAUGUUAUUGAUUGUCGACUAGUGCUCUUGAUUCUUCCUUCGUGUUAAUGAAUAUUCUACAUCGCUAUUGAUAAGUGAAAGCGUGUAAUUGAAUGUCCAAUGUGCUGAAAUGAUGAGCAAAUGGUGUAUGAGAGUAUGUAAUAAAUAUGUAAUAUGAGUAAAUAAGAGUGUGUAAUAAGAGUAGAGAGUAUACAUACUUCACGCGCAUGUAAUAUAAUGACGCAUUUAAUAUGAAUGAAUUUCGCCCGCGCGCAAUAAAGACAUUUUUGGCAAUCUUGUGCCUACAGAACAUGGA